CUAAAGCCAGUACACAAUUUAAAAUGCUAGGAACCUGUUUUAAAAUGUGAUAUAUUACAGUGUAAUGUGUUAGAGAGGUAUUAUUGCAGCCCCCCUCCCCCUACACACAGAUCAUUCUGCAAUCCCUCCCUGUUAUUGAAGGUCUUACUCCCACACUGUUGCCAGCGUGCGGAGAGGAAGGAAAGGCCUUUGUUGACGUUGCUGUUCUCGUCGUGUCCUGAAACCUCAGUUCAGCCGAGCUGCGAAUAAACAAAAAAUGAUCAUCCCGGUGCGGUGCUUCACAUGCGGGAAGAUCGUGGGAAACAAGUGGGAGGCUUAUCUGGGCCUUCUGCAAGCCGAGUACACGGAAGGCGAUGCGCUCGACGCGCUGGGGCUGAAGCGCUACUGCUGCCGUCGCAUGCUGCUGGCACACGUGGACCUCAUCGAGAAGCUGCUGAACUACGCGCCGCUGGAGAAGUGAGAGGAGCCCACAGGACCACGCAGACACUGCCCCGUGCAGACCGGCGUGUGCGUGCUUUGUGACCUGGAACACGUGAACAGGUCACACGUGUUUGUUCCCUACCUUUACAUUUUUUCUUUCUAUAAAGACAUUGACUUACUCCCCCCCCUUUUUAUGUUAAUACUAAAAAGAGUAAAAUGUUAAAGUCAGACACCGUGCUCCCUCUGAAUUCAGUAGAGUUAUUUCACUGUUCGGCAGGCGUGUUAACAGUACAUGGCACAGUUCCUGUAUUUCACUGUGGAAGGGUCUCUUUACUGAUUCACGGUUCAUCCCCUCCGAGGGCUAACUAAAGAGGGAGUCCUGCAGCUGCAUUUCGGCCCAGCGGGUUUUGUUUUGAAUAUCAAGUUUGUUCCGAUGAUGUAAGUAGGAUCUUCUCUGCACAGAAAGGUCUUAGAUGAUGGGGAGGGAGGCGGAGUAGCUUUGGUAGGUAACGCUGCAAUAUCAUUGAAAAAACCCCACGUGCUCCCACCCAGGAUCAGUUCUAUUGUGCAAGAUGUAUUACACACAAAAAUAAAUAAAAUGUGAUCAUUUAA